AUGCAUUUCCAACAGACCGAAUCUGCCGGCCCUGGUGCUGAGCAGAACGCACCCAAGGACUUCUCCAAGAAGUCGUCCAGUCUGCCGUUUGGUCAGGACCUCUCCUACCAAUCUAUCGGUGGCCCCACCUACCUCACGGCCCAAACUCUCGUACAGCAGGUCGCAUACGCCCUCUCGGACAAGAUCUUCGCAUACUCGGCUGAGUCGUUCGACUUGGACGUCGCAGUCAAGUACUGGCAAGAACAGGGCGAGAAGAAUGCUUUCGGAUACCAGACCGGCGUCUCUUCCCUGGAGACGAGGACCGGUGCUGGUGCCAUCGCAUUGGGUUACAUGUUCUCCAAGGAUUACGACUUGAAGAAACGCCAUAUCCCCCAGUCCAUCGUCGCCUCCUCUUCUACCCUGAACUACCUCCGCGCUUCGCUCGACCAGCUAUCCGCCCUCUACUCGGUCGCGAACCCAUUGACCGCGCACAUCGCCGCAGUCGACUACUCCGCCAACUCCAGCGCUGGCCUCGUCACCGACUAUGUCUCCUCCCUCGCACUCGCCGAAGAUCUAGGUCUUGGACUCGUCUGCAGCCCCUCUGUCUUUGAGGCUCAGCACAUGUCCCUUUUCGCCACCCUCCUCUCGAGCGUCCUCCCCACGAUCCACACAUACGAUGGCAUUAGCGUUGGAAGGGAAACAGCCAGGCUGGUCGAUACUCUCGACCAGACCAGGCUGCACAACAGCUACGAGGCGGUGCUUAAGGCCGUCUCGGAGGUUGACAAGAAGCACUCCGACACCGCUGGUCGCGUUCUGCGCCUGCUUCAAGCCUUCAACGAUGAGCUUGGCGAGGACUACAAGCUCUUCGACUACUACGGUCACGAGCAGCCGGAGAGCGUACUUGUUGUCUUUGGUACCGUAGAGGCUUCCUUGACCGCUCAGGUCGCCAAUGCCUUGUCCAAGGAUGGCGACAAGGUCGGUGUCGUCAACGUUCGUGUCUACCGACCGUUCGUUGAGGAGGCUUUCCUUGAGGUACUCCCUAAGAGCACUCGUCGCAUUGCCGUUCUUGGUCAGGUCAAGGACGAGGCUGCCGUGCUCGACCCCGCGGAGUACUCCAGGCUCUACUCGGACGUUUUGGCGUCUAUCCAGUUCGCCUACGACAGGGACGUUGAGGUCACUGAUGUCAAGUACUCGCGCGAGCAAGUCUGGACGCCUAGCAACUUCCUCGAUGCUUUCCGUCAAAUCCACGCCGAGAAGGAGGGUGCUGAGGUCCGCUCCUACGUCGACAUCCUAAACACUGCCGAUGUCAAGCAGUACAGCUUCUGGAACCUCGACGAAUCAUCUGCAGCCAAUGCCCCAGUUGUAGUUGGCAAGCUUCUCUCAAGUGACUCUUCCAAGAACGUCUUCGUUCGCAAUGGCCACGACAAUCUCGUGCAGGGUGGUGUUACUCGUACCGACAUCCGUAAUGCCGACUACACCAUCGAAGCGCCUUAUGCUGUUGAGCAAGCCGAUGUCGCUUUCGUUGGCGACAUUGCUAUCCUGAAGGAGUUUGACGUCCUGAACAGCGUCAAGCCUGACAGCUCUAUCAUCGUCAAGCUGCCCGGUGUGAAGAACGAGGACAUUGAGAAGAAGCUCUCGCCUGCUUUCCGCAAGGCCCUCGUGGACAAGGACAUUCAACUCUUCGUCCUUGACCCUGCUUCAUCUGAGGCUGUCGCCGAUGAUGACUCUCUGGAGUCUUACCUCACCCAGCUCGCCUUCUUGAAGGUUGCCCGUGAGGACUUGCUCUCCUCUGGCCUGAGCAAGCUUGUUGCUAUCAACGGUAGCUCAGAAGUCUUCGACAAGCUCACGCAGCAGCUCGAGAGCGCUCUUCGUGAAGUCGAAGUUCCUGCUGCUUGGGGCACUGUUGAGGAGGACGUUGAGCCCAUUCGCCUCCCCUCAGACAUCAACGUCAACAGCUUUGCUCCCUUCGACCGCAUUGAGGCUGAGCCACCAACCCUGCUAAAAGACUGGCAAGUCGCGGCCAAGGGCUUUGCCUUCAAGGAGGCCUUCGGCACUGCGAACCAAGUUCGUCCUGAUCUUGGCUUCAAGACCAGUAUCGUCCAUGUCAAGGAGCGUCGCCGCCUCACACCGCAGAAUUACGACCGUAACAUCUUCCACAUCGAGUUCGAUCUCGGUAACUCUGGUGUCACUUACGCCAUAGGUGAGGCUCUCGGCAUCCACGCAGAGAACGACGAGGCACAGGUUGAAGAGUUCAUCAAGUGGUAUGGUCUCAACCCCAAUGAGAUCGUCGAGGUUCCGUCUCGUGACGACCCCAACGUUCUGGUCAACCGCACCGUCUACCAGUCCCUCAUGCAAAACGUCGACAUCUUCGGUCGCCCACCCAAGCGCUUCUACGAAUCGCUUGCUGAGUUCGCUGAUGAUGAGCGUGAGAAGCGCGAGCUUUUGCAGCUUCUGAGUGCUGAGGGUGCCACUGAGUUCAAGCGCCGUGCUGAGGUUGACACUGUCACCUACGCUGACAUUCUUCUUGAGUUCCCGUCUGCCCACCCAAGCUUCCACGACAUUGUUCGCAUUGUCAACCCCAUGAAGCGCCGCGAGUACUCCAUCGCCUCUGCACAGCACGUGACCCCCAACUCCGUUUCUCUGCUUAUCGUCACCGUCAACUGGGUCGACCCCAAGGGCCGCGACCGCUUCGGUCAGGCAACUCGCUACCUCAACAGCCUGAAGGUUGGCGCGCCUGUCACCGUGUCCGUCAAGCCAUCUGUCAUGAAGCUUCCUCCCAAGACUACCGCACCCAUCAUCAUGGCCGGUCUUGGAACUGGUCUCGCGCCUUUCCGUGCCUUUGUGCAGGAGCGCGCCUACCAGAAACAGCAGGGUCACGAAAUUGGUGAAGUCCUGCUUUACAUGGGCGCUCGUCACCAGCGUGAGGAGUACCUCUACGGCGAGGAGUGGGAGGCAUACCAAGAUGCUGGUAUCAUCACCCUCCUUGGCCGCGCCUUCUCUCGUGACCAGCCUCAGAAGAUUUACAUUCAGGACCGCAUGAGAGAGUCUCUGAAGGACAUCCGUAGGGCGUACCUCGAGAAGGAGGGUAGCUUCUACCUGUGUGGACCCACAUGGCCUGUACCUGAUGUCACCGAGGUGCUUCAGGAGGCUGUCGAAGUCGAGCACAAGGUUAAGAAUGUUGGCGCCAAGAAGAUUGAUGGACGCAAGGAGAUUGACAAGUUGAAGGAUGAUGGACGUUACGUACUUGAGGUCUACUAG